AUUUUUUUUAUCUGUGCAGCUGAGUUGUGUAGAAGUGCACGUUUUCGUAUUUAUUUGCAAUUUUUCAAUAUUUUUUUGCUGUAUUCCGCGUAAAGAGUGAAAUGGCUGCAGAGACGGCUGAAGUGCAACUCCAAGUAAGAUUUGUUACAAAACAGGAACAAUAUGCCGUUCCGGACAGUCCCUAUGCUAUUCAAAGCAAUGUUCAGCCAGCAGAUCUUAAUACUCUGGUUAAUGCUCUACUAAAGGAGACAAAUCAUUCCAUUGCGAAAGCGGUAGAAUUUGAUUUCUUAGUAUGUGGGGAAUUGUUGUGUACCACGUUAGCAGAGCACCUGCAAGAGAAAGGAGCGUCUACAGAAGAAACGUUAGAAAUCGAGUACUUGGAGAGAUUCCCUGCUCCAACUCCACAGGAUUGUUUGAUGCAUGACGACUGGGUGUCUGCAGUGCAAGCUCAUACUAAUUGGAUUUUGACUGGGUGCUAUGACAACAGUAUUCACAUUUGGAGCACCAAAGGACAGCAUAAACUUGCCAUACCAGGACACACUUCUCCUGUAAAAGCAGUUUCAUGGAUCUCUUUCAAUGGCGACCAGGCGGUUUUUGCAAGUGGUUCCCAUGACCAGUCAGCAAUGCUGUGGGUAUGGAAUGUGGCGCGCAACUCAGUGGACUGCGUUGUCACAUGCCGAGGUCAUGAAAAGGGUGUGGAGUGCCUGGCAGUGUCUGCCGAUGCCAACAGAUUUGCUACUGGCAGUUGGGACACUAAUAUUUGUUUAUGGAGUACAAGUUUAUCUGAUGAUGACAACGUUCCAGCUAAGAAAAGAAGUAAACCAGAACAUGGGAACACAAGGGAACCACUGACGACACUGAAAGGGCACAGGGAGGCAGUGUCCGGGGUGCAGUGGAUGGACUUCAACACAGUGUUAUCGGCUGGGUGGGACCAUCUUAUCAAGAUCUGGGACUGUGAGCUUGGUGGCAUCAAGCAGGAAAUUGCUGGCAACAAAGCAUUCUUCGACAUGGAUUGGUCACCUUUAAACAGCAGCAUUAUAACUGCGUCAGCUGACAGACACCUGCGGCUGUACGAUCCUAGAUCUACAGAGAGCAUCGUAAAGACGACGUUCACCUCGCACACGGGCUGGGUGCAGUCGGUGCGCUGGUCCCGCACUCGAGACACGCUGUUCCUCUCCGCCGGGUACGACGGGCAGGUCAAACUAUGGGAGACAAGGAGUCCGCGCACGCCUCUCUACGACUUGAGCGGUCACGAAGACAAAGUGCUGUGCUGUGAUUGGUCGAACCCCGCGCUGCUUGUGAGCGGCGCCUGCGACAACACGCUUAGAAUAUUCAAGGCGAAGCACGCUGUAGGAAACGCAUAGAGGUGCCGCUGUUAGUUUAUUAUUUAUAAAUCUUUGUCUUUAUACCCUUUGCGCUAUAGAAUGGUGCAUAGGAUAGCUGUCAGUAUAGUAUUUCUUCUUAGUAUGUCUCCUUCGAACUAAGCUGUACUCUGCCUUUCUGUCCCUAUCACACGUACCAUACUAGAGCGCAAAUAGUAUAAGGGCUGUAAGGGUAGGUUUCUACCAAAGCGGAAACUGAACGGAAUCGGUGAACCAUAACGUGCGAAAGAGCGAGAGAAAACGCUCUGUCUCUGUCUCUCGCGGCGAUUUGUCGUUUCCUGCAUACCUCCGCUCGUUUCCUCUCCCCUCCGCAUUGGUGGAUACCCACCUUCCCAGAAUGACGAAUAGUAGGAAAUUACUUAGAGAUAUCGGAUGACGGAUGUAGUGUAUAAGCUGCAAUACAUAUAGUUCCACGGCCACUUCGGAACCGUCAUUUGACGGACUCGGAUCGGAUAAAAUUUGGAGUAAUACGAAAUCACCUUUAUGUUUAUGUAUGUACCCUUACGGUGGUCACACGCUAACCAAAAAACAACUUGACAUAUAGACCAGGGAGUAAAUUGUAAUAGAUUACAAAAAAUAAUAGUCUGGUCCCUCGAUAAACUUGAUCUUGGCCUGUAUAAUAUUAUUACGCGACCACCCUUAGCGAAAAUACAAACUAUGGCCGAUUAGAAUAUUGAAUCAGUCCACUAAUGUUCAUAGCGUUUAAGGCAUGUAGAAAAAGAAUACGAUUUUACCCGAGUAUAAAUGUAAGCACAUAUAGAUAUAUUGUGUUCAGUAGCGUAUUUUGGGGUGUGUUAAUUUUUGGCGCUAACAAUAAUAUACUAGUACAAACUUUACUAUUCCAUUUCUGUAUUUUUUUUUAAAUAGGUUAAACAAGUACGUGAUUCUAGUAAGCGGUAUAAUAAGGUAAUUAAAAUAAAUACCUUAACAAAAUGUUACGAUGAAACAAUAGUUGUCGUCUGUCGCGUCAUUCUAUGUUUUAAGGACGUGUAAAUAUGUAUUAAGCUCUUCAAACUAAAUUGAAAACAUAAGCAAUACUUUAAACAUAAGUGAGGGACCUACAAUUUUGAUCCGUGACAAUCUUAUUUAAAGAAUAAAAUAAUGAACUAGA